AUGGACACAUACACAGCUGAGUUACCCGACAAUUUCAUCCACCAAGUCCUCUCUCUCCUUUCCACCAAACACGCAGUCCGGGCCGGCAUUCUUUCGAAGGAAUGGGGGCACUUAUGGUCUUCGGUUCCUGUGUUAGAUUUCGACGAGGAUGAGGAUGGGCAGCCAUCUGCUGAUAACCGUAAGCUUAAACGAAAAAUGUUCAUCAACUUCAUGAGAAGGUGCUUGAAGCGCCGUGGAAAAGAUGAGUCUAACAUUGAGAAGUUUAGGCUUCAUAUGAGGUACUUUGGAGGUGCUACUAUUGUAAGCAAGUGGUUGAGUUUAGCGGUUGAGAGAAAUGUUAAAGAGCUACAAAUCUCCUUUAUAAGAGGAAGAGAAUCCGGGGUGAGAUCUUACAGACCCUUCUUCUUACCACAAGCAAUUCUCAACAAUGCAAAAUCCUUAACCACCCUAAAGUUGCAGAGUGUGACUGUGAAGGACAGCAUUGACCCUAUAAACCUUCCUUCUUUGAAAAUUUUGUCCCUAAAACAAGUGCAAUUCAGGAGUACCUUGUCAUUCAUGCACUUAAUUUCCGGAUGCCCUUCUCUUGAGCAUUUCUUGUUAACUUCGUGCACCGGCCUCUCGGAUCUUAAGAUUUUGAGUUUGAGCCUCAAAUCCUUGGAAGUUGUUGACUGCGACGUGCGGGGUAUUCAAGUUGAAGCUGAGAAUCUCGAAUCUUUUAAGUUUCAUGGAAACGUUUUUAGCCGGCUUCAGUUCGAGUUUUCCCCUGCUCGAGAGUUUGAUUUUGCAUAA